GGUUUACAAGAUGACGAGGAUCUGAAGUUUCUUCUGAAGGGAAGUCCACUGUCCAAAGUCAAGUCUGCAUCAUGGAAAAGGUCAAGGUUUUACAAGCUGCAAGAGGACUGCAAGACUGUAUGGCAUGAUUCUAAAAAGAUCUUAAGGUCGCCUGACUCCCAAACAUUCAGUGUUGAUGACAUUGAGGAUGUACGGCCGGGCCAUGAGACAGAAGGGAUGAAACGUUUUGCUCAGGAUGUGCCGAGAGACCUCUGCUUCUCUAUCAUCUUCAAGGGACAUCGCAAGAACCUUGAUCUCAUAGCCAGCAGUAAUGACGAAGCUAAUCACUGGAUGGGAGGCUUAAAUAAAAUAAUAAAUAAUUCACGAUCUAUGAGCCAAAAAAAACCUUUAAAAAGUUGGAUUCACACAUGUCUACGGAAAGCAGACAAAAAUAAAGACAACAAGAUGAGCCUUAAGGAGCUAAAGCGCUUCUUGCAGGAAGUGAAUAUUGAGACUGAUGACAGCUAUGCAAAGCAAAUAUUCCAGCAAUGUGAUAAAUCACAGACUGGAGCUCUGGAGGAUGAUGAAAUUGAGGAAUUUUAUAAAAUCCUGACAAUGCGAGAAGAGAUAGAUGUAAUAUAUGACACCUACAAGAGCAGCGAGCGUCUUAUGUCUGCUGAAAAACUGCACAAGUUGUUGACUGUGGAGCAGCGGGAGGCCGUGACCUUGGAGCAGGCAGCCUCCCUGAUAGACAAAUAUGAGCCAAGUGAGGAAGCUAAGAAACAACAGUCCCUGACGAAAGACGGCUUCCUUAUGUACCUGCUAUCUGAUGAUGGAAGUGUAUUUAACCCCACACACCGCAAAGUUUACCAGGACAUGAACCAACCAAUGUCUCAUUACUUUAUCUCAUCCUCACACAACACUUACUUGAUGGAAGACCAGCUGAAAGGACCAAGCACUACUGAGGCCUACAUAAGGGCUCUUACAAAAGGAUGUCGGUGUGUGGAGCUCGAUUGCUGGGAUGGGCCCAACGGGGAGCCCAUAAUUUAUCAUGGCUACACCCUAACGUCAAAGAUCCUCUUCAAAGAUGUCAUAACGGCCAUAAAGAACUAUGCAUUCAAGACAUCUGCGUACCCUGUAAUCAUCUCUCUGGAGAAUCACUGCACUCUGGAUCAGCAGAAGACGAUGGCCAAGCACAUGAAAGAUAUACUGGGAGACAAGCUGCUGCUGAUGCCUGUUGAAGGAAAAGUAAAGGAGUUCCCAUCCCCAGAGGAACUAAAAGGGAAAAUCCUGGUGAAGGGUAAGAAGUUGAACAAGCUAGAAGACAGCCUGAAGAAUGGUGUCAGCACCACAGAGGCGGAUGAUGUGUCUGAUGAAGAUGAAGCUGCAGAAAUGGAGGAUGAGGCAGUCAAGUCUAAAGUGAAUGCCAAGAAAAGCAAAGCUGCAAAGCUGAAGCUUGCAAAAGAACUGUCUGACACAGUAUUAUACUGCAAGAGUGUGCAUUUCCGUGGCUUUGAAUAUGCUGCAGAGCACCAGGCGUUCUAUGAAAUGUCCUCUCUCACUGAGAGCAAAUCUCUGAAGUUGACCAAUGAUACAGCAAACAGUUUUAUUCGGCACAAUACGCGACAGCUUACCAGGAUAUACCCUGAUGGCUGGAGAACAGACUCCUCCAAUUACAGCCCUGUAGAUAUGUGGAAUGUGGGCUGCCAGAUAGUGGCUUUGAACUUCCAAACCUCAUGUAGAGAGAUGGAUGUGUACCAGGGCAAAUUUCACGAUAACGGAUUCUGUGGCUAUGUGCUGAAACCCUCGUUCCUGCGAUACAAUCAGUCUAAAUUCAAUCCAAAGUCCAUUCAGGAUGGAGAGUGGUGGACCCCUAAAAAGCUUAAUGUCAUGGUGAUUUCAGGGCAACAACUACCAAAGCUGAACAAGAAGAAAACUUCCAUAGUGGACCCAUUUGUUUCCAUAGAAAUACUGGGUGUUGCUCGAGACAAUGACAAGAAGCAAACCAAAGUCAGAGAUAACAACGGAUUCAACCCAAUGUGGAAUGAGCACUUUGAAUUUGAAAUUGACGUGCCUGCCCUCACUGUGGUGCGAUUCCUCGUGGAGGAUUUUGAUGCCUCUUCAAGAAAUGACUUUGUGGGGCAAUACACUGUUCCUCUCACCAGCUUACAGCUAGGCUAUCGUCACAUCCAUCUACUAAAUCGGAAUGGAGAUCCUCUUCCCUCUGCUUCAUUGUUUGUGCACGUCAUGCUCCAGGAAAGCAAACCCUGA